CACACCACCUCGUGCGUGGGCAGUGAGUCUCAAUUCGCAGCGCAGCUCAGUUCAAAAUGUCGCUCUAUUCUGCAGGCAACUGCCUCAGGCCAGUAGUUCGGCAAUUGUCGUCUACUUCACGCAGCUUCUCAACAACCCCGGCGAUUCUCUCCAAUGCCGUCCCGCCCGAAUCUCCCUCUUACAUCCGACUUCCUUCCCCUCCUCAGUCUCAAACCGACGAAGCCAAGCCACCCCGAGUAAGAGGUUCACUGCCAGUACCGCGGCAAGUGUUCCCUCGAUCAGAAGGCGAUCGCAAAAUCAAGCCCGAUUAUAUCAACAAGACAGCGCCGAGGUCUGCCAAUGCGCGAGAACCCAAAAACGAAUCUCAGAGAUGGAAGCGAGAGAUGGCCGAGACCCGAAGAACCAAUCUGGAGCAAGGUCUGAAGGCACUCUAUACACGCCGCGAGAAGAGCGACGCGAUUAGAAACGCCCGCGUAAGCCGCAAGUUCAAGGAGAACAACGAGGCUGCUGCUGCUCCCGAAAGAGAGGACGACCGGCUCACGCGAAGCACUGUCCUGGAUGCUAUUCUGGACACCAAAACAUACCCCGACCCAGAUCGCUUUUCCCGUGCCCAACGCAGCCAGGUCAAGGUCCAGAAGAAAGAGAAAGCCAAAUAUGAAGCUCGACGGGAUGCCCUCAUGGAGCUGUACAUUAACGCCUCCAACUUCAUCGUCCAGGAGAGCGAGCUCAAGGCUGAGAUUGAUGAGAUUUUCAGCGAGGAUUACUUCAGAAAACAAAGCCAAUACUUCCAACGCUAUGGCACCACUGAAAACGCUUGGGGUAUCUACGGAAAGCCUCCCUCCAUUGCUAAUAUGCUGGAAACCACGACUGGAAAUUCAACUAAGCUCAUGGAUUAUUAUGAGUCCGAAUAUGAUCGCUCCGUUAAGAGGCAGAAGAGGAUUGCUGAGGAGUUUACAGGAGGCAAAAUGGAGUAGCGAUAUCGAGAAUUUUCCUUGUAAAAAAAAAAAUUAGAAUAUCAUGCGCCCAUACAGCGCAUUGCAUGUAUUAUAUGUCAGAAACACUUGGAAAAAAUUCACAUUUACGCUUCACGAAUCAAACACAGUUCAAGCUAUGCUAGUCAAAAUGGUUUCUCAAUUGUAUCAAUCACGA